AUGGCACCAGGAAGCCUCAAUGCUACCAAUACUAGGAAUGGAGCUAAUAUGACAGAGAUCAUGCAGACAAUGCGUGAUAUGGUGGAUGCCAUUACCCAACAGGCUAGUGCAACGACUUUACAAGCUCAAACUCAGGCCCAGAGAGAUGAGCUAAGGAAAAAAGGGGAAGAAGCAUUAGCAGCAGCUAGAGGACUAGCAGAGUUCCGGCACCACAGUCUGUCGAGGUUUGAGGGUGACCAUGAUCCUGACAAGACUGAUCUAUGGAUGCAAGAGAUUGAGAAGAUCGUUGAAGUUAUUUACUGUACUGGGGAGACCAAGCUGGAAUACACCAUUUUUCUGUUGAUUGGGGAAGCAGAGAGUUGGUGGAGAGGAGCUAAAAGCAUAAUACAUAACAAAGGAGAAGAACUAACAUGGGGAGCUUUCAGAAAAAAGUUCUUAGACAAAUACUUUCCAAGAAGUGCCAGAGCAGAGAAAGAAGCUCAAUUCCUUAGGUUGCAUCAGAGUAACAUGAGUGUCGUUGAGUAUGCUGCGAAGUUCGAAUCCUUAGCAAAGUACUUCCGCUUAUUCAACAACGUAGUUGAUGAAAAUUAUAAGUGUGAACGGUUUGAGAGCGACCUUCGCUAUGACAUCAGAGAGGUUGUUGCGCCACAUGAGAUCCGACAAUAUAAAACUUUGGUGGAGAAGUGUAAGAAGGUGGAGAACCUUAAGCGCAGUCGCCUAAGCAAAGAUUUUACAGGAGGACCUACGAGACACCGGGGAAAUAACUACACUCCGAACAACGGCAGACAACAAGAGCCUUAUCCCCGAACCCAAGGAAAUGGUAGAGAUAAAUCUCGAGCCAAUAACAGAGGAGUUCAGAGUAUGAAAAACAAGAAUCAAAAUCAGAAUCAGUCCAUUCAGUGUUUUCGCUAUCAAGGGGAUGGACACAAAUCAUUUGAUUUCUCGACCAAGAAAAGAUAUUUCUAUAUCUGUCAGAAGCCAAACCAUCUUGCUAAUAAUUGCCCCGAAAGGAGCAAGAAUAAUCCCAGAAACAACAAUAACAACCAGGUUGGACAUCCGACGGCUCAAGGACGUGCGUACCACAUUGGCGGAGAAGGAGAGAAAGAUCAUUCAAAGCUGAUCAAGGGCGAGUGUGAAAUUUAUGGCAAAGUUUUUCCAAUAUUAUUUGAUUCUGGAGAUACUCAUUCUUUUAUCUCUUGGGAAUGUGUGGAUUCCCUACAACUUCCUGUGACACAUUUACCUUUUAACUUGGUGGUCACGAUACCUUCCGCUAAACCUGUGACUCUUAGUGAAGCCCGCUUACAGUGUCCGUUGAUUGUCUUGAGCAUGAAGUUCAAGGUCGAUCUAAUUUAUAUUCCCCUUAAGCAUCUUGGAUUUAUUCUCGGAAUGGACUCGUUGUCCAAUCAUUAUAUUCUUUUAGACUGUGCUCACAAGUCAGUAAUAUUCCCAGACUCGGGCAUCGUGUAA